UCUCGGCACUGUCCCUUUCUCCUUCCCUCUCGAUACUUGCCCCUUUCUCUCUCCCUCUCGGUCGCUGGCCAUUCCUCCCUCUCGGCACUGUCCCUUUCUCCUUCCCUCUCGAUACUUGUCCCUUUCUCUCUCCUUCUCGGUCGCUGUCCCUUCUCUCCUCCUUUCCUUUCGGUCGGUCCCAUCCUCCCUCCCUCUCAGGCCCACUCAAAAUGUAAUAUGCUGGAGUCCCGUAAUAAGAGGCGGGCUCACUGCAUUCUGUUUUCCUAAGAGCCUCAUGACGUAUGGCCCUUCAUAUCUCGCUCUGCCUAUUCCAUUAUAGCUUCUGCGAUAUCAGUUGGCAUUAUUAUCUUCCGCACCUUUUCUCUUUCUCCUCGCACAUCCACCGUAUCUCCCUCCCUGCCACUGGAUCUUAAUCUCCUUCUCCCUCUUCUCACGGGUCAUCUCCCUCACUCAUCUCCCACGUACCACUCCUGAUUAUCUCUCUCCAUCUCUUUCUCCUCCCCCCACGUCCCUCUGAAAACACUAACGACACAUUUCCUCCCGUGGGCGUGGACGGGACGGAAGCGGAGUUUACCAAGGCGCUGGAGGAGACGCAGAAGGAGGCGGUUUGGAAGAACUUCCCCUUGAGCGGGCCGAGCUUUGACAUGGCCCAAACCAAGAACAUCACCGUGCAGCUGGACAGGAUGGCGGUGCUCGGCUGCCGCAUCAAGUUCCUGCUGAGCAACAGUACGGUGUCGUGGAUAAGAAGGAGGGACCUGCGCGUGCUGACGGUGGGGCGCUUCACCUUCACCAAGGACGACCGCUUCAAGGCCAUCCACCAGCCCGGCUCGGAGGACUGGCUGCUCAAGAUACACUACGCCCAGCACCGCGACGCCGGGGCCUAUAUGUGCCAGACCUCCACCUCGCCGUCCCUUUCCACGGCCGUCUGGCUCACUGUUGUCGAAACUCGAGUGCUGGGCGGCCCGGACCUAGACGUCAAUUCUGGCUCCACCAUCAACCUGACCUGCAUCGUCAAGCAAAGCCCCGACCCGCCGCCCUUCAUCUCCUGGUACCACGAGAGGGAGCCCCUCACCUACGAUUCCCCCCGCGGCGGCAUCAAGGUGGUAAAGGAGCACGGGCCGACCUCCUCCUCCUCCAGGGUCCUCAUCCAUCGCGCCACCCCGAAGGACGCCGGCCGCUACGCCUGCCACACCGCCAACUCGGAGCCCCACCACAUCGUCGUGCACAUCGUACACAACCCGGCAGGCAUCCACCACAAGAAUGGCACCUCUGCAUCCCCUUCCCUCCACACCCGCCAGGGCCGCCUCUCCGCCACCUCCUUCCUCCUCUUCCUUGCCCUCACCGUGCUCUUCAUCCUCUCCUCCUGUGAUGGCGGGGAGGUGCUGGACGGGCGGGUGUCGGCCGUCGCCUGCUGCCUACUCUCCCAAACGGCCCGCCAUGAACACACAGUGCUGCCAGGUGCAGAGUAAUUACCCUGUUUUAGGGUAAUUUCGUGGUAACCCUGCUGGUAACCCUAGUAACCCUCCUGGUAACUUUGGUAAACACCCGGGUAACCCAAAUGACGACGUGACGCGCAGAGCUGUCCAUCGUCGGCAGCCCUCCUUUAUCACCAUCUACAAGCAUCUCACAAAUCACCAGCUACGUGCAACUCACAAGUCGCCAGCUUCAAGCACCUCACUCGGCGCCAGCUACAAGCACCUCACAGAAAAGAGUCUCAGAAAAACUACUCGGCAUGGCAGACGCCAUACGGGCUACCAAGACUAGGGAAUCAAAGGCACCUUCUAGUACCAACUCUCUGACUCUUUUUCAACUACUGGAGGAUAGGAUUCUGUUCUUACGGGGAAAAGUUGAUGAGGUAAACAUGGAUUAUAGUUUUCACUCAGUUCACUCUCGGGUAAAGAGGGGGUUGCUCAACAUCGUUGGGUCCGCCUCAAGGUUCCUUUUCGGUACGGCUACCGACGAGGACGUUCGCGAUUUGCGGGACCACUACGCUCAUGUACUUUCCUUUGCUGCUCGAAAUCGCAGGGUGAUCAACGCCAAUUGUAGAAAACUUGCGCAAUUGCAUACUAACAUUGAGGAACUGCUCGAGCAGACAAAUAAGAUGGUAGAGGUUAUCAACAUAGUUGUCAAACAGAUCGACCAGGUGAAUCAGUUUCUCCUCCUAGAUCAGGCCUUGCAUGUAUUGGAAAACGUCAUUAACUCCGUCGCAACGGCUAAUCAGCAGGUUAUUAGCAACAUGGUUGAUGCAGCGCACGGUAGAGUCACACCUGCC